UGUAGCGCGUAGCAGAGAAUCCAACCGCCCACAACUAGAAUGCUGUUAUUCUAUUAUUCGCGGCGUUGCUCAGUAAAAGCGAAGAACGUAAGCUUUUAGAAAAUGGCUUCUCACAGAUUAAGCUUACCAACAUCGCACAUUCCUUUUCCGUCCAAGAGACUAGUCGCUCCUCAGCUUGAAUUUUUUGUGUGCCCUUCGCGGUUUCCUGGCAAACCCAGAAAGAUUUUGUCGUCAAUUCGGGCAAUGGGGUCAUCAUCAUCAUCUACCCAGAAAACCGACAGCAUCGAAGGGGCCGGAGAUGUGGAUUAUAAAUCUUUAAGCGAUGAUGAAUGGAAGAAGAGGCUGACAAAUGACCAAUUUUAUAUUACUCGCCAAAAGGGGACUGAGAGGGCUUUCACUGGGAAGUACUGGAAUACUAAAACCCCGGGAACUUAUCAUUGCAUAUGUUGUGACACGCCGUUAUUUGAAUCUUCCGCUAAGUUUGAUAGUGGAACUGGCUGGCCAUCCUAUUGCCAGCCCAUUAGGAACAAUGUGAAAUCAAAGUUAGAUCUGUCAAUUAUCUUCAUGCCUCGCCAAGAAGUCCUUUGUGCUAACUGUGAUGCUCAUCUCGGCCAUGUGUUUGAUGAUGGUCCUCCACCAACAGGAAAGCGAUUCUGUAUCAACAGUGCUGCCCUUAAACUCAAACCUAAGCAAUAGACAGUGAAAGUGUGUUUGUCUUGAGUAGGAGGCCUAUCGGAGUCAAAAAUGCUGGGGAAGCUUGAAGGUGAUCGGCGCAUAAUUUAUUUCGUACUUUUCUUUGAGUACGGAGAGAAAACUGUCUGAAGUGAGAUUCUGUAUAAAUAUUAAACAGAUCGUACUUACACAAUGUUCAGAAGAAGAUCUUAUGUAAAGUGAAAUUAAAAAAUAAUGAUAAGAGUAUUGUUCAUAUUGUGAAUA